AUGACGGCAAAAUUUCCACGACACCCUUAUCGCACACGAGCUAACCACAGAAGCAUGGAAGAUUGGGAAGAAGCCCAUGAAGCUGUGAAGGCUGACAUUAACGAGCUAAAGGAUCAAGUGGGCCAAAUCCUAGAGGCUUUGAAGUCACUGAAGGCUUCAGGGGAGGCCUCAUCCGCUACGGUCGAGGAGAAUGCUCAUUCUUAUGGUACGCCUCUAGGCGCGUCAGUUCCGUUCCCAAUGUACGGUUUGCCUCCGGGAUACACUCCUCCAGUUGGAGAAUAUUCAGAUGCAGAACAAACUUCUUUCUCUUUUCCUGCAGCUAACAACACACUAUCGAACGGUACUCAAUGGCCGAUGUUAGCUUCGACACCCGUGACAGGAGCGGAGAUGAAUGAGACAGUCACAUUCACAGGACCGAGGAUGACUGUGGCGCCCCAGCCUCCGAAAACAUUCAUCGAUGCAGAUGCUGCGACUAAAGCUGCACCACACGCUACAGUCCAAGCAAUAUCCACUGUUGUUGAUGGGGCUAAGAGUAAGCUUGAAAUUCUUGAGGAAAGGAUUCGUGCCAUUGAGGGUGGUGGAAGCUAUGGGUUCGGUGAUGUGGCGAGAUUAAGCCUGGUUCCUGGUGUGAUGAUACCACACAAGUUUAAGGUCCCAGAAUUUGAAAAGUAUCACGGCACCACAUGCCCUAAAAGCCAUCUGACAAUGUACGGUAGAAAGAUGGCUGCUUAUGCCUAUGAUGAAAAAUUGCUAAUACAUUGUUUCCAAGAUAGUUUGGCUGGGGUAGCAUUGAAUUGGUAUACACACUUGGAGCCAUCUCGAAUUCAUUCCUGGAUGGAUUUGGCCGACGCCUUUGUGAAACAGUAUAAAUACAACACAGAUAGUGCGCCAGAUAGAUUGCAAUUGCAAAACAUGGCCAAGAAGGAUACUGAGUCCUUCAAGGAAUAUGCACAACGGUGGAGAGAGUUGGCUGCUCAGGUUGAGCCACCUCUACUUGAUAAGGAGAUGGUGGCGACGUUUGUAAACACGCUGCAAUCACCAUUUUAUGAGCAUGUGUUGGGGAAUGUGUCUUCCAAUUUCGCUGAUAUCAUCAUCAUAGGGGAAAGAAUAGAAAUCGAGUUAAAAAGUGGAAAGAUUGCAUAUGGCCCAUUCGCGGCUGCAACUCCUAAGAAACCUAAUUUUAUUCCCGGAAAGAAGAAAGAAACGGAAGUACAAGCGGCCUCAGUGAUGCCUGUGUGGGAAAGUCGGGCUCCUACGAUUAAUUAUCGACCACACUUGAACCAACCUCCUUAUGUGGCCAAUGUAGUAAACGCGGGACAAAACGCUAAUCUAAGGAGGAAUCAAGAGAGGAACUUCGUUCAUUUCACUCCUAUUCCUAUGUCAUAUACGAAAUUGUUACCUCAUCUCCUCCAAAAGCGUUUGGUAGCCAUUUGUCCGAUGAAGCCUGUGCAACCUCCGUUCCCCAAGAAUUAUGAUCCAAAUGCCAAAUGUGAUUAUCACGGAGGAGAAGUUGGUCACUCUAUUGAGAAUUGUGUGUCCCUUAAACACAAGGUGGAAGCUUUAAUCAACUCAGGAUGGAUAAAGUUCCAUGAAGACAAACCUAGUGUUGAGGCUAAUCCCCUUUCUGGUCUUGGGAACCCUUCGACAAAUGCCAUUGAGGUUAAGAAACACCGACUGAUGAGGGAUGUGAAUGAAAUUCGAAGCUCCAAGCGGUUUGUUUUUGAGACACUAUUAAAAUUAGGUUUGUUAAAAGGAGAAUAUAACCUGAGUAAAAAGUGUGGAUUCCAUCCGAGUGCUAAACAUUCUAUCGAUGAAUGCACAGAGUUCGAGGAUGUUCUACAAAAUCUUAUAGACAGAAACUUUGUGCAAGUAUGUCACGGACACAUGGAGGAUGAAGUAUUUGCACAAGAUGGUGCGGAACCCGGUGUGACUUUGCCAGAGCCAUUGGUGAUUCAUUUCACUAGAUCCACCUCUACCUCGACAAUUCAAGAAAGACAAUCUAUUAUUAUCCAAACACCCUCCCCAUUUCCCUACAAAAGUGAGAAAGCUGUCCCAUGGAAAUAUGGUGCAUACGUGUUGGGUGAGGAACAACAAGGCAUCGGUGGAAUUACGAGGAGUGGUCGAAUCUUUACGCCUCCAAACUUCAUGAAAGAUGGAGUUGGCAAUAGUGAAUCGGCGAAUACCAAAAAGGCUAAGGAACUCUUGAAAGGAAAAACCAUCCAAACCGACGAGGGUCUAAGAAAAGACGAUGGGAAAGAAGUAUCUGAUGAGGAGGCUUGCGAGUUCUUGAAGUUCAUACAACAAAGCGAGUAUAAAGUGGUCGAACAGUUGAAUCGCCUGCCUGCUCGAAUCUCACUUUUAGAACUACUCAUGCAUUCAACCUCUCAUAGAAAGUUGUUAAUGAAGAUACUUAAUGGAGCACAUGUGGAGCAAAAUAUUUCUCUGGACAGUUUUAAGGGAAUUGUUAACAAUAUCACUGCUAACAAUUACCUCACGUUUACCGAUGAGGAGAUACCUACUGAAGGGAGGGGACACAACAAGGCUCUCCAUGUCUCUGUAAAAUGCUUGGAUCAUGUCAUAGCACGUGUAUUGAUCGACAAUGGAUCUUCCCUGAAUGUAAUGCCAAAAACAACAUUGGGAAAGCUACCGUGUGAAGGUAUUCACAUGAAACCAAGCGCAAUGAUAGUGAGAGCUUUCGAUGGGAGUAAAAGAGAAGUAAUGGGAGAGGUAGAAUUGCCAAUCCAAAUAGGGCCAUGUGUCUUUCAAAUAACUUUCCAAGUGAUGGACAUCCUUCCAGCAUACAGUUGCUUGUUGGGUUGUCCUUGGAUUCACUCAGCGGGCGUAGUACCUUCAACCUUGCACCAAAAGUUAAAAUAUGUCAUGGGUGACAAAUUAGUGAUUGUUUCAGGGGAGGAAGAUAUUUUAGUAAGUGGGCCUUCAUCUUCUCGCUAUAUUGAAGCAGCAGAGGAAGCCCUCGAGACGGCCUUCCAAUCUUUGGAAAUUGUGGGAAAUGCCUAUGUGGAGCCCUUUUCAAUGAACCCACACUUGUCGCGUACUUCCCUUGUGACGGCCAAGGUCAUGUUGAAAGAGGGAUAUGAGUACGAAAAGGGGCUAGGCAAGUACGAACAAGGAUUGAUGUAUCCUUUAGAAGUCACCGAGAAAAAGAAUAAAUACGGCCUUGGAUACAAGCCUACUAGAGAGGAUAAGAGGAGGCUGGCGGAAGAAAGGAGAGAGCGCGGUGUGGCUCGAAUCCAAGGAAAAGAACUAGGAUAUGAUAAUGAAUGUUUUGAAAAUAACAAUGUCGAUAUCCCUAACUUCGAGCACCCUGUCAAUAAUAUGGAAGAUGAUUAUGAAGGUGACUCGGAACCCUCCCCUGAACUAAUGAGAUUAGUGGAACAAGAAUCUAGGGAAAUAAAGCCCCAUCAAGAAGAUGUUGAAGUGCUUGACCUAAGUGAGGGGGAUGAAAAGAAAGAAGUGAAAAUUGGCACGAGUAUGAAGAAAGAAGUGAAAGAAGAAUUGUGUGUGCUGCUAAAGGAGUUUAGGGAUGUGUUCACUUGGUCGUACAAUGAUAUGCCUGGUUUAGAUACUGAUAUAGUACAACAUAAGCUUCCACUCAAACCGGAAUGCCCUCCAGUCAGACAAAAGCUAAGAAGGAUGAAACCAGAAAUGUCAUUAAAGAUUAAAGAAGAAGUGCAAAAGCAAUUUGACGUUGGAUUUCUAGCUGUGGCAAAAUACCCUCAAUGGGUGGCAAAUAUUGUACCCGUGCCCAAGAAGGAUGGGAAGGUUCGGAUGUGCGUUGACUAUAGAGAUUUGAACCGGGCGAGCCCAAAAGACAACUUCCCAUUACCGCACAUCGAUACAUUAGUGGAUAAUACAGCCAAGUUCUCGCUAUUUUCGUUUAUGGAUGGCUUCUCGGGAUAUAAUCAGAUUAAGAUGGCACCUAAAGAUAUGGAAAAGACCAUGUUUAUCACAUUGUGGGGGACAUUUUGCUAUAAGGUGAUGUCUUUCGGGCUUAAGAAUGCUGGGGCCACCUAUCAAAGGGCCAUGGUGGCGUUUUUUCAUGAUAUGAUGCACAAAGAAAUCGAGGUUUAUGUAGAUGACAUGAUCGCCAAGUCUGAGUCAGAAGAAGAACACAUCCUCAACCUAAGGAAAUUAUUUGAGAGAUUGAGGAAAUUUAAACUUAAACUAAAUCCAGCAAAAUGCACAUUCGGUGUGAGAUCUGGAAAAUUGUUGGGUUUUGUUGUCAGUCAAAAGGGGAUAGAAGUCGAUCCCGACAAGAUGCGUGCGAUAAUCGAAAUGCCUGCUCCCAGUACAGAAAAGGAGGUACGGGGUUUCUUGGGCAGACUGAACUACAUUGCUAGGUUCAUCUCCCAGUUAACCGCCACUUGUGAACCAAUAUUCAAGCUAUUGCGUAAAAACCAGGUUGUUGAGUGGAAUGAAGACUGUCAGACUGCUUUUGAUAAAAUCAAACAAUAUCUACAAGAUCCUCCUGUGUUACGCCCACCCGAACCGGGGAAGCCACUCCUUAUGUAUUUGACGGUACUCGAUGAGUCAAUGGGUUGUGUGUUGGGUCAACAUGACAAAACUGGAAAAAGAGAGCAUGCCAUAUACUACCUGAGCAAGAAGUUCACGGAAUGUGAACAACGAUACUCGUUUUUAGAGCGAACUUGUUGCGCAUUGGCAUGGGCUGCCCAUCGUCUAAGACAAUACAUGUUGAGUCAUUCUACCUGGUUGAUAUCCAAGACUGACCCUAUCAAGUAUAUUUUUGAAAAGCCCGCUCUCACUGGAAGGAUAGCCCGGUGACAAAUGCUAUUGUCAGAAUACGACAUUGUGUAUGUCACUCAGAAGUCCAUCAAGGGUAGUGCUUUGGCUGAAUAUCUGGCCCAACAACCCGUUAACGAUUACCAGUCGAUGCAACCCGAAUUUCCUGAUGAGGACAUCAUGACCUUGUUUGAAGAUGACCAAGAAGAUGAGAACAUAAAGAAAUGGACGUUAUUAUUCGACGAGGCUUCUAACAUCAUGGGACAUGGUAUAGGGGCAAUACUAAUAUCUCCAGAAAACCAAUACAUUCCAAUGACAACAAGGUUGUGUUUUAAUUGCACAAACAAUAUCGCUAAAUACGAAGCAUGCGCUAUGGGCAUCCAAGCCGCGAUUGAGUCAAAGGCAAAAUUUUUGAAUAUAUAUGGAGAUUCAGCGUUGGUUAUCCAUCAACUAAGGGGAGAAUGGGAAACUAGGGAUCAGAAGUUGAUUCCCUACAAAACUUAUAUCAUGGAAUUGGUGGAGUAUUUUGAUUUCAUUAAAUUCCACCAUAUUCUGCGAGAGGAUAACCAAUUGGCAGAUGCCUUAGCUACUUUAUCAUCGAUGUUCAAGAUUAAUCAAGAUGGGGUAAUGCCGAUGAUCCAAAUGAAGAGCCAUGAAGGGCCAGCAUAUUGCCAUUUCGUUGAAGAAGAGUUAGAUGGUAAGCCGUGGUAUUUUGAUAUUAAACGCUAUAUAAAAACCAGAGAAUACCCUGAAGAAGCAUCUGAGAAUGAUAAAAGGACACUGAGAAGGUUGGCUGCAAAUUUUAUCCUGAGUGGGGAUGUGUUGUACAAGAGAAAUCAUGAUAUGGUUCUCCUUCGAUGCGUGGAUGCAAAAGAGGCCGAGUCAAUAUUGGAGGAAGUUCAUGAAGGAACUUUUGGCACACACAUGAAUGGACACUCGAUGGCUAGAAAGAUCUUGAGGGCUGGUUACUUUUGGUUGACUAUGGAGAAUGAUUUGCACACACGUAAUAUCAAUGCGGCACCCACUACUUUAAACUUAAUGUCUGCCCCAUGGCCGUUUUCAAUGUGGGGGAUAGAUGUCAUCGGGGCUAUAGAGCCAAAAGCCUCAAACGGACAUCGCUUCAUUCUAGUUACAAUUGAUUAUUUCACUAAAUGGGUGGAAGCUGCUUCCUACGCUAGUGUGACUAGGAAGGUUGUGACUAAAUUUAUAAAAAGAGAGUUAAUUUGUAGGUACGGGUUACCUAGCAAGAUAAUCACUGAUAAUGCCACCAAUCUGAACAAUCAAAUGAUGGCCGAAUUGUGUGAAGGAUUUAAAAUUCAGCAUCAUAAUUCUUCUCCUUAUCGUCCAAAGAUGAAUGGGGCAGUCGAGGCUGCUAAUAAGAAUAUCAAGAAGAUUGUACAGAAAAUGGUGGUCACGUAUAAAGACUGGCAUGAGAUGCUUCCCUUUGCUUUGCAUGGGUAUCGCACCUUAGUACGUACAUCAACUAGGGCAACACCUUUUUCUCUGGUGUACGAAAUGGAGGCAGUACUACCCUUCGAGGUAGAAAUCCCAUCCCUACGAGUGUUAAUGGAGACCCAGUUGGAAGAUGCAGAAUGGGUUCAGGCCCGAUUUGACCAGCUUAAUCUCAUUGAGGAAAAAAGGCUAGCAACAGUGUGUCAUGGACAGUUAUACCAAAGAAGGAUGAAAAAGGCGUUCGACAAGAGGGUGCGCCCUAGAGAGUUCCAUGAAGGCGAGCUAGUCUUGAAAAAGAUCUUACCUAUACAAAAGGAUCAUAGGGGCAAGUGGACUCCAAAUUAUGAAGGCCCGUAUGUGGUGAAGAAAGCAUUUUCUGGUGGAGCACUAAUUCUCACAAGGAUGGAUGGAGAGGAGUUACCGUUACCGGUCAAUUCUGAUGCGGUCAAAAAGUUUUAUACAUGA